ACCUCAGUUUUUGGUUGAAAUAAAAUAUUUAUUUUAUUUAUUUCGGAUAAAUGUACGAAUAAAUAACAGUAACAAUGUCAUUUCCAAAGAUUGAGGGGUAUGUGGUUACUGAAAAGCUAGGCUCAGGAAGCUAUUCUACGGUAUACAAAGCAUAUAAUAAGGUAGGUGCCAAGUCAAUAGUAGCUAUCAAAUGUGUGGACAAAUCAAGAGUGAAGCAUUCCGGGUCUGCUAUCGACAAUCUCAUCACUGAGAUCAGGCUAUUGAAGACGUUGCGACAUCCACACAUUGUCAAUAUGAAGGAGUUCACAUGGGAUGAUCGGAACAUUUACAUUAUAAUGGAGUAUUGCUGUGGUGGUGAUCUCUCCAAGUACAUCAAGAGAUAUGGUAGGAUUCCAGAAAAACAGGUACUUUAUUUUCUUCAACAACUUGCCUCAGCACUGAAAUUUCUAGGAGAAAAAGGUGUGGUACACAUGGAUCUCAAACCUCAUAAUCUACUAUUACACAAAAACUGUGAUGGAAAAUACAUGCUGAAAGUUGCUGACUUUGGGUUCGCGCAGCACAUGUCAGAGGAGUCGAUGCGGUCAGUUCGAGGGUCGCCGCUGUACAUGGCGCCAGAGAUGUUGAGCGGCGCUUACGACGCCCGAGUCGACUUGUGGAGCGUCGGUGUUAUAAUGUACGAAUGUCUGUUCGGUACGGCCCCAUACUCCUCUACGACGUUCAAGGAACUGGUCGACAAAAUACAGCGACAAGCACCUAUAGAGAUCCCGCCCAACUCGUCAAUAUCCCCCGGUUGUCGCGACCUGCUGACGCGGCUGCUGAAGCACAACCCCGACGAGAGGAUAUCAUACGACGAGUUCUUCGACCACGAGUACCUGGACCUCGAGUACAUGCCAUCUAAGGAGAACUAUGAUAAGGCGGUGGCGCUAAUAAAGCAGGCAAUAGACCUGGACGUAGGGGGGCGGCUGGAGGCGGCGCUGGCGGCGUACAGCGAGAGUCUGCGGUACCUCGUGCCGGCGGUCGGCGCCGAGCGGGACCAGAUGAGGCGCAGCGCGCUCACCGCCAAGCUCACCAGGUAUAUGGAGAGAGCGGAAGAGAUAAAGAAGAUAGUUAAAGGAACGCAACAAGUGACCAACUUCACUCCGGACACUCAACAGAGAGAGAGCCCACGGAGACACAUCAGCAGGACUAAUAUAUGCUGUACGGGCGAAGCGUCGGGCAAUACUUAUGAAUUUCGUGAACUUAAUAAAAUACAGGAUAAUGAAAACAGAAAACAACCAGUAGAAAAUGGUUCGUCAAAUAGUAUAAUAGAAGCAGAGAAAGAAAGUGAAUGUACAGAAGAAAAGAACACAAUGACCAUAGAGCCGGAUAAGCGACGUGGACUGGUGCGAUUUUUGAGACGAAAACCUGUGCCGUAUUUGAACAAUGCAGAUGAAAUUAGUCAAGACAAUUCGGAGAAGACGAAAUCGGACGACAAUUCAGAUCACGCUUGUCGAAUCACGUAAAUAAUAAUAAUACUGCAUAAUGAGGCUAUGAAUUUUAUUAUUUGUAUUUUAUAAGCUAUUUUAAAUAAUACACAAACUAAAUUGUAGUUGGCUCUUGAAUGUAAAGAAGUUUUUACGCUGCUUUUUAUAAAAUAGUUAUAUGACGUGAUAAUGUAUGUACUAAGGAGCACACAUAAAGUAUUAGAUUUUAUUUCAAGCUUUAAAUGUUAGAUACGAAAUAAGAGAACAUAAUUUGUUAAUGGUUCAUUUUGCAAUAAAUGAAUGGACUAUUGAAUGAAUAAAGUACUGGAAAGCUAUUGAAUUUUUAUGCUGCUUUUUACAAAAAGUUACUAGAAGUGAUAACUGAUAACUGAUAAUUAUAUUAUAAGGAGCACACAAUUAAUUAAUUAGAUUUUAUUUCAAGUUUUAGAAGUUGAAUACGAAAUAAGAAAACACGAUUUGCUAAUGGUUAUUGCCGCAAUAAAUUAAUUAACCAAAUGCAUGAUAUGUAAUAAAUAAUUCGUACUUAAAAUAAUAACGUAAACAUACAAUUAUUUUGUAUUAGCACUAUCAAGACACGUGUGUUUUUGAAGUGAAAACUUUCUUAGCUGCGUUAUAUAAUAUUGUAUACUUUUUGGGAUAUGACGUAAAAAAUGUUAAACUCGCGUAAGGACACGUGACCUGCUGCCUUAGGGCCCUUCCACACGUUUUUUUACGCGCGUUUGCAUAAGCGCGCUUCACUAGCGUUCAUCUUGCGUUUGUAUCGAUACAAACGGGCGUUUUAUUUGCGUCAAAAAAACGGGUAAUAUCUACCAAAACGCGAUAAAAACGCGCGCAUCAGUAACACGCGUCGACAGCGCGUAAAAAAACUCAAUUUGGAACUAAUUCGAUCUCAACCAUAAAGUUA